UGAAGUGGUGUGAGUGUGUGUUUUCGCGCGCGAUCAGAGGAAAAGAUCGCGCGAGCGCGUGUGCCGAAGAGUGCGAGGGAGACAGCGUGACAUGGAGUGUUUGGUGGUAAAAUGACAAGAUCGCCUAAUGAACUGAGUCAGUUGCCGGACAGGAGUUUUUCAGUCAUCAACAGAUCGUCCAAGUAGGUGCACUGCUUUUCGCGUGCGUGCGUGCCAAGUUGUGAGAUCAGUCAGCGGAAGAAUAUAAGCAUCGAGGAUCUCGAUUGGAUUGCACCAAUUCGCAAAAGGAGACAAGGAAGGAAGGAAGAGAAAAGAGCUACAGAAAGUGUGCACAGUUCAGGCGAUCUGAAAAAGCGAUUGUAUUGCGAGCACUCUGCUGAAGUGUGUUCUGAGACAAUAUAAUCCACGAGGAAACACAGCGCAGCAAAACACUUAAAAGGCAUGUCUGGGGGAUUUUUCUAUGAGAACAUCAUUCUUCAUCUCAUUGCAAACGAGAGUGAGACUGCGGCGAAGGACAGAACGGCGCAGCAGAGCAAAUUGAAGAGAUUCCUGAGGAAGAUCGGACUGUCGCAGUGAGUGAGUGGCGCAGAGAAGAUGUUCAAGAGGUACGUGAGCAAGUUGUCCACUGCCCUGGGCGCUGUUCACUAUCUCUCCGACAAGGGCAGAUCGCAUCACCGUGAGUCUGCCGAAGUGCUGGACAUCUCAUCAACAUUGCCAUUGCCGGACGCACAGAUCAUCCUCUCAAAUGCCAUCGCCGAGCUGCGGAACACACUCUAUUUCUACCCGUGGUUUCACGGGAAUCUGUCCGGCAAAGAGGCGGAGAAGUUGAUUUUGGAGCGUGGCAAGAAUGGAUCGUUUCUAGUCCGUGAAUCUCAGAGCAAGCCAGGUGAUUUCGUGCUGUCCGUGCGCACAGAUGACAAGGUGACGCACGUGAUGAUUCGGUGGCAGGACAAGAAGUACGACGUGGGCGGUGGUGAGCAAUUCAGCACGCUGUGCGAGUUGAUUGAGCACUAUAAGCGCAAUCCAAUGGUGGAGACGUGCGGAACUGUCGUGCAUCUGCGGCAGCCCUUCAAUGCCACGCGUAUCACGGCGGCGGGCAUUAAUGCGCGCGUGGAGCAGCUGCAGAAGGAGAACGGCGGCCACUGCUAUGGCAAGGGUGGCUUCUGGGAGGAGUUCGAGUCGCUGCAGCAGCAGGAAUGUCGGCACUCGUUCUCGCGCAAGGAGGGCCAGAAGAUGGAGAAUCGCAGCAAGAAUCGCUACAAGAACAUCCUGCCGUUCGAUCACACGCGCGUGAAGCUGAAGGAUGUGGAGAGUGGCACCGCUGGUGCGGAGUACAUCAAUGCCAACUACAUUCGGCAGCCGACGGAGAGCGAUCAGGGGGACAUGAAUGCGUCGUCGGAGAACCUGAAUGGCGGUCAGGCGAUGUGCGCUUCGUGCCAGCAGAAGAACUGUCCCAAUUGCCAGGCGCUCAACAAGACGUGCGUGCAGUGUGCCAUGAAGAACGCCAUUCUGCCCGCGCCGUCGACCAACUGUACAAAUUGCAACAAGAAGAGUGAGAUUAUCAACUCGCGACACAAGAGGAGUGAAUCGAUAACGUCGCGCGGCUUCGUGAUGAACAUGCGCAAGGAGGAGAAGGACAUGUUCAAGACGUACAUCGCCACGCAGGGCUGCAUGCCAAAUACGAUCAUUGACUUCUGGAAUAUGAUCUGGCAGGAGAAUACUCGGGUGAUUGUGAUGACAACCAAAGAAUAUGAGCGUCGCAAGAACAAGUGCGCCAAGUAUUGGCCGGAUCAGGGGCAGACGCAGGAGUGGGGCCACGCCAAGGUCACGUGCAUCACGGAGAGCUCAACGAACGACUACACGCUGCGUGAGUUUCUGUUCUCGUGGCGUGGCAAGGAAGAGCGGCGCAUCUUUCAGUAUCACUUCCAAGUGUGGCCAGAUCACGGCGUGCCGUCGGAUCCUGGCUGUGUUCUCAACUUCCUGCAGGAUGUCAAUCAGCGCCAGGAGCAGAUCAUGAUCGAGGGCGCGAAUCCAGGGCCAAUUUGUGUCCACUGUUCAGCUGGCAUUGGGCGAACGGGGACUUUCAUCGUGAUAGAUAUGAUUCUGGAUCAGAUCAUCAGAGAAGGAGUGGAAACUGAGAUCGACAUCCAGCGCACGAUCCAGAUGGUGCGCUCGCAGCGCUCUGGCAUGGUGCAGACGGAGGCACAGUACAAGUUCGUCUAUUACGCCGUGCAGCACUACAUUCAGACGCUGUUUCACGUGCGCAAGGCGCAGGAAGUGAGCGUUCAGGCGGGUCACGAGUACACGAACAUCAAGUAUGCCGGUGAGAUUUGUGAUCUGCAGCGAUCGCCACUUCCGCCGUCGAUGUCCACGCUGAAUCUGACCAACAGCAAGCAAGACACUCUCAACUCGAAGACGCACAACAAAACCAGAUCAAUAUCAGACACGCAAAUUCCAACUCCGCCAAGAUCAAUUGUUGACUUCACGACACAAACAGUAUAUGAAAACAUUCCCAAAGACAUACGGCCGCCGCCGCCGACGCCGCCCAGGAAGUCGUGACUGGUCAGAGAUUGCUGCGCAGAGGUCGGCAUGACGAGGAGUGACGAGAGCCAGUGAUUUUCUUCUCGCCACGCUGUUUGUUCUCUUCGUGAUUGAUGGAAAUUGAAAAGGAAAACAUUCUCUGGCGACGAAAAAGAGGAAAAAAAAACGCCCCUCGAUAAUCAACAUUUUCAAAAAAAAGAAAAGAAAAACUGACAAUUAAUUUUACAAAUAUGAAGAAAAGGUGAGAAAAUAUGUGAAGUGUUAAAUUUGUAGGAUAACUAAAUGUUAUUUUAUAAGGAAUCUUACAAUUUUAGAGGACAGAUUUGAAGAAAUUUACCCCCGAAGAUGUGUGGUUGGGUUCUUUUUGACAAAAUUGUGAUUUACAAGCAGAUGAACGCGUGUGUGACUUUAUUUAAAAAACAAAAAACGAGAGGGAGAAAAUUUAAGGGGAUGAAAGCAUUUUAAAAAUGAUUUGUAACUGUUAUUUAUUCCUGAAUGUGAAGCGAAGAAAGUAUGUGAGAAGAAGAAGAAAAAAACGUGAGAUUUUCCAUUCAGCGAGAUGUAAAGAAGGAAGAAAAGAAAUUGUGGGGAAGUGAAAUAUUUUUUGAGUAUUAAUUUUUAGUGAAGAAGUGAAAAUUGUUAAUUAAAGCGGAAAAGAAAAUAAUCUUUUGCAUGAAUUCUCGGACAACUUUUCGCAAAGAGGUGAAGAAAAUCAUGUUAUUAAUGGUUUUUUUUUUUAUUGUGCACUCUAGAGUAAAAGAUAAAAAAACUGAGGGAGGAAAAGGAUUAAGAAAAAGAAAUAAUUUUUAUUUCUAGUGUCUCUAUAAAGUAAGGAAAAAUAGGAUGUAAAAUUGUUAAAAUGAUAAAUUUUGCCAUGUGCAAAGUCAACCUAAAAAGAAAACACCAUAACAAUGAUUUACAAACCUAAUUAUAUACAGCAGAAAAUAUUGGAGAUAUUUACUUUGAAGAAGAAGAGAAAAAAAGAGUAAAAAGGGGAGAAAAAUCGUUGUAAGUGUAAUAAGAAUGAUAAACCAAACAAUGUACGAUUGAUGUAGGCUUUAAUUGUUAAAAAACCAGACACAAUUUAAUGAUUGAAGAAGAAUACAUUGAAAAAACAAAUAGUGAAAAUAAUAAAACAUAUAGCAAAAAGUGUGUAGUUAGGAUGAUUGAUUGAUCAAAAGAAACGCUGCUUUCCAUGUUACAGAAG